AUUUGUAAACAAAAAAAAUGUCAUUUCCACGGAAAUAUUUAUACAUCAUUAUUCCGCAAUUGUUAUUUAUAAGUUAAUUUUAAAUUUCAGUUAUAUUCAAACUGAAUGAAUUUCAAAAAACUUGUUAAAUUAAACUCUGAAAAAUGAAUAAGAGUAGGAAAGAAUUUGAUGAGCAUACUGCCCACUUGGAUAGAACUCUCACAAGGAGCACCUUGUCUGAUGGUGAUGAAGCUGUAAAGAAAAUAUAUCCAUCUAAAAGUGAGCUGUCCAUAAUAAACAAUUCGAUAAAAUGUACAGAAGAAAAAUGUAAAGAGAUAUUCACAUCCUGCUCAAACUUAAAUUUACAUCUCUAUAAAACUCACAAUAAAAAGGACGCAAUUAAGUUUGAUACCAUAAACAAACAAUAUUAUUGUCCAGAAAUUCAAUGCAUUUAUCAUCAGUCGCAGUGGUUCAAGAACAAAAAACUGUUAAAGCAACACUAUUUAAAAGUGCAUUCACCUAAGAUAUUUGUUUGUGAAACUUGUAAUGAAGGAUUUGCUACAAAAGCAUUCAAAAACAUGCAUGUAGAUUAUUGUGGUGUGAAAUUCAAAUGCAGUGAAUGUCCAAUAAGUUAUCCCAAGUAUGAAUCUUUAUUAACCCAUGCAAGGAGGAAGGAACAUAAAAUAAAUGACAAAAUUUAUUUCAAAUUGAAAAAGGUAGAUGAUUCAAUAUCAAUUAAUAUUUCUAAAAGCGAUAGUAAUUUACUGAAUAGAAUAAGACCAAUUUUGCCUAAACCAACAUCAAGUGUUAAUUCAAUUACCAAUUGCAAGUCAUUCAACAGGAAAAAUGAUCAAAGCAUUCAAACUGAUCACAUAUCACCAAAACUGAAAAGUAAAAUAACUCAAAUCAAUAGGAAUUCAUUAUUUCGAAAAAGAGAUACAAGGCAAACACAAACUGGUUUUUGGAAAGAACAGCUCAGCAUUGAAACCCAAACUAUUGGCGAUUUUACCAGUAGAAACAAUAUGGAACUUAAUGGAGGGAGAAAAUUCAUCACUACUCAAUCUUCUACCCAAACAAGUUCAGUGGACUCAAAAUCUGCAUCAUCAAACACAUUUCCUCCUAUAAAUGAUCUCAACCUUUCUUCAACAGCAAAGAGAAGUUCAUCAAGCACCCAAACUUUGGAAAAACCCAUUGAUAACUUUUCUGCCACCACUAAUACUCAUGAUACAAUAGAUACAGAUACCUCCGACUUAAUUGAAAGUAACUUGGAUAAUUUUGAUUCAAACUACUUCAACUGCAAUAUGGAAACUCAAACUGACUUGAUAUUCAAUGAAGAUUUAUUCGAUUAUGGAGACUAUUACAGCAAUAUGUACACACAAACCUGUGAGAAUCUUCUUUUGAAUAGUUUAGAGCUGAAUCAUAUCGAGACCCAAACUGUAGACGAUAUGUUGAAGUCUGUUGAAAUCCAAACAAUGAUGUCCCAUAAAAAGUCUCAAAUCAACUGCCGUGAUAUAAGCCAUAUGGAAACUCAGACUGACGUUGAGGUCAAGCAAAUGUUAGAAGUAAUGAAUGCGUGAUUUUGCCAUAUUACAUUUUGUUGUUUUUGAAUUUUCAUUGAUAGUGUUGACAAACUAGUCGUUCUCAAUAAAUUUAUUUCUAUAUCUCAUUCA